AUGUAUGCAUGUUUAAUAUUUUUUGCCAAAACACAUGUUCAAAUUCAACAAGCUCAGAAAAAACCAGAACCAGUAUAUACUUUGAUUGAAGAAAAAGGUGCUCCACGACGUCGUGAAUUUCUCAUGGAAGUUUCUAUUGGAAAUCAUACUGCACGUGGAAUCGGAUCUAAUAAAAAACUUGGUAAACGUGCAGCAGCUGAAGCACUUUUAACUAAACUUGGUUAUAAUAAACCUGAGAUACAACCAAUUAAAUCAUCGAUCAAAACAACAGACAGUGAAACAUCUAAUGUAGAAGGGAAACCUCGAAAAGUAACAUUCCUUGAAGAUGAAAAACAACAACAUCAAAAUGAAACCCCAAAUCAUUCGGUUGGUGGUACAAUUGGACGACAGUUGGUACCUGGACUACUAUUAGUGGAUGGUGGUCAGGAAAAUAAAUCAAAUAGUGGGCCAAGUAUUCAAGUAGUUGCUGAAGAAUUACGAGAACAACAACAAAGUAAUCCUUCUGGUAUUUCUCCAAAGGAGCAACUUAAAUAUCUUGCUCAACUUCUGAAUUUUGAAGUAGAAUUUAGUGAUUUUCCAAAG